AUGAUUGACAGCAGAACAACCAAUGAGACUGCUGCUGCCAUUUAUACACCAAGAGUGUGUGCGAGGUGUCUCCGGCACCUUCGAUACAGAUCGGAAUGUUGGCCAAGAGGUGGACGCUCCUCGUCUGGGCUCCACUCCCCACGGCGCCAUCCUGAAAUUGAAGGAGAGAGAUUUAGUGGGGAGGAAAGCGAAAGAGGGUCCCACGUCGGUGGCAGCGACGUGGCCUUCUUCUCAGAUGAGGAGCCGGCCAAUAUUCCCCAGCAGCAGCUCCCAACCCAGGCCACAGGAGAGAGCGUGGCCCCCACGGAACAUGUCAAAGAGAAGUUCCACAAAUCCCUUAUAAGGCACCACAAAGCCUUAAUGAAAAAAUUAGACACCAUGCAUAUCGACUUGUGUGUGGCCACUAACGCCUACAAUGCAGCUCAGGCACGCCAGGCCGCACAUGAGGCGGCAAUGCUAAGCCUUCAGCAGGAGAUGGUCACACUCCAUCAGGCCAGUGAGGCCAGGAAAGAGGAACAUGAGGCUGCCAUGUUGAGCCUGCAAGAGGAGCAGGUAGAACUUAAAAGGCAGAAAGUGGCUCUGUUGGCACAACAAAAUGUGCUACUCCAGCAACAGGCACCAAAGCCAACAGAGCCAACAAGCUCUACCAGCACAGCUCCCCCUCCUGCAGGCUCAACUAGGCAGCUCCGCAAAAGAAAAUAAAUGUGACACAUUAGGGAUUUGUGGAACUUCUCUUUUCUUAGGCAUAUGUUUUUUGCCAAGUUUUCUUUUUUUUUUUUCUUUUUGUGUUGCGGGUGGUGUAAUAACCUGCUUAAAACAUUUAUUUGGGAACUGUUCCCUCACAAUAAAACUUUGGUUUUGGAAAAA